UACUGAAUAUAAACACAUUUUCAUUCAUUCAUUAAAUUUGUGCUGAUCUGUUAUUAAUAAAUUUAUUAUUGUGGCAAUCAUUAAACAAAUCUAGAUAUUAAUCACAUGUUGAAUUACGCUAAUGACGGGCGCCGUUCCUUGCUCCGAUACAGUUUCUUUGUGAUAAAUUUUUUAAUAGUGAAAACAUUUCUUGUCUGAAACAUUGUCGUGAGUGAUCAAAAUGAAUAAGACCUGUGCUAGAUGUGAAAAAAUUGUGUAUCCAAUAGAGGAAUUCAAAUGCUUAGAUAAGGUGUGGCACAAAGGAUGUUUCAAAUGUCAAGGAUGUGGCAUGACCCUAAACAUGAAGACCUACAAAGGAUACAACAAACAACCAUAUUGCGAAGCGCAUAUUCCAAAAGUAAAAGCGACCACAAUGGCUGAGACACCGGAAUUGAAGCGGAUCGCUGAGAACACGAAGAUCCAGUCAAAUGUGAAGUAUCAUGCCGAUUUCGAGAAAAGCAAAGGCAAAUUCACGCAGGUCGCCGACGACCCAGAGACCUUGCGCAUCAAACAGAAUUCGCGCAUAAUAAGCAACGUGGCCUAUCACGGGGACCUCGCCAAGAAAGCGGCCAUGGAAAAACAGCGAACGAUCAACGAAAAUGGUGAAUUUAUAGAUGCUUGCGAAACGGAGGAAAAUCUUUCCGAUAACUACUUAAACAAUACGAAUUCCAGUAAAACAUACAAUGCACCAUCUGUUGUGCCACAAAGUAGUAUGCUUGGUAAUACGCAGCAUGCUCAAGAUUCAUAUCAGUCUCCUGACAACUAUCAAUCUCAACCUAAGACAAUGAGUUACCCAGAGCCAGAUGUAAUGAAUCCGCCUCGUACAUUGCCACCAAAUGCGCCCAAUUAUAAUAUGCCGCCCACUUACAACUCUCAACAGUAUCAAACUAGUGGAAUGAAUCCCAAUUCAUAUCAGAAUCAGUCAAAUGCACAAUAUCAGCAGCAGCAGCAGCAACAGCAACAGCAUUACAAACAGCAUAGUCAGCAGCAGCAAUCGUAUACCCCAAAUCAAAAUACUGCACAGCAAACACAGCAGAUGUAUCACCAGGGCAACCAGCAGGCCUAUAAUAAUGCGCACAAGCCGAAUUAUGUGAACAAUUCCUCAUACGGCAAUCAAAAUAUGCAAAUGAGUCAAACAAUUGGAAAGAUUGCUGACUAUGAUCCAGUCACAGAUGGACCGAGAAAUACACCAUAUACUUCAAGACAGAGUUCUACUCUUAUUUACAGUUCCGAUAGGGGCGCAGUAAGUGGUCAAGCACGAAGAAUUGGAUCAGUUGCUGAUAUGGAUCCUGUGAGUUAUGGAUACAAUGCUAUGCCUCCAACGCCAACACAUAAUGUUACGCAGCAGUCAGGACGAGUCUAUCGAGCCCUAUAUGACUACAGCGCUCAAGAUGUGGACGAAGUCAGCUUUAUGGACGGUGACCUUAUAGUAAAUGUUUCCUGCAUUGACGAAGGCUGGAUGACCGGAACUGUACAACGGACAGGAAUGACUGGAAUGUUACCUGCUAACUACGUUGAGAUUGCAAGCAUAUAAUUGUCAAAAGCUGUUACAUUUAAGUAAUGAAUUCAAAUAUUGUUAUUCAAAUUUUGUCACAAGGUGAUGAACUUCAAAUAAGUUUUAAUUUUUUUUUUGCAU